AAGUGUAUGCAAGUAUUAUUUUUCCAUUAUCCGAAUGUUUAUAUUUCUCAAAAGAGGCAUCCAGCUGCUUUACAGUUAUUUCUAGCUCAAGUAUAGUUGUUAGCAGUCAUGUUAGAAACGGUUGGUUGCACUUACUGCAAGUGGUUGCUCUGUUAUGGAUUAUUUAGGAAGAUCUGCUUGUAGAAACUUCCUUCUUCUUCAGUAGCCAUUUACACACCAAACGACAAUGGCUCUGACGUCCCACAAUCAGCUUAUCCUGUCUGUUUAUAUCGUGACCUUCGUGACGGGGUUACCCGCCAACAUCCUGGCCUUUUACACCUUCAGCAUGAAAGUCCACCACAAACCAGCUCCCAUCGACAUCCUCCUUCUCAACCUGACCAUUUCGGAUCUCAUCUUUCUUCUCUUCCUGCCUUUCCGGAUGGUCGAGGUCCUCUCAGGCAGUUGGGUGCUUCCCAACUUCCUGUGCCCUUUGAGCGGCUUUGUAUUCUACUCCACCAUCUACAUCAGCACCUUCUUUCUAAUGGGGGUCAGCGUGGAGCGAUAUCUUGGGGUAGCCUACCCUAUCAAGUACAAGAUUAACCACAAGCCCAUGUAUGCUAUCAUGGCGAGCGUUUUUUUCUGGAUCAUAUCGGCUGCUCACUGCAGCAUCGUCUACAUCGUCCAGUACCAGAAACCAGGCAAUGGGACUCAUAAUGUUUCCAGUUGCUAUGAGGAGUUCACAAAAGAGCAACUUAAUAUACUUCUGCCAGUCCGCUUUGAAAUGUGCCUUGUCCUCUUCUGCAUUCCCUUCCUCAUCACCUCCUUUUGCUACAUCAGUUUCAUCCGGAUCCUUACCACACUGCCGAACAUCAGCCACCGAAGGAAGCAGAGAGCCAUUGGGUUAGCUCUGGGGACACUGCUGGUCUUCAUUCUCUGCUUCUGCCCUUAUAACAUCUCCCACGUGGUGGGGUUUGUGAAAUGGGAAAGCCCCGCGUGGCGCGUGGACACUCUGCUUCUCAGCACCUUCAACGCCUGCUUGGAUCCCAUCAUCUUCUACUUUUCCUCGUCUGAAGUUCAGAACAGCGUCAGAAACUGCAUAUCAGGGGUCCUAGGAAGGAUACGAGCCAUCAAUUUGUGUAAAAGACUUUGUCCAGCAGCGUACACAGUUGACGAGCAGAUGGAGAGCAGCUUUAACAAUCUGUGAUGGGCCACCCUGCCAUCUGAGUAUGUGUUCUUGACUUUUGCUGUAUGAUGCAAGCCUGAUUUUUGGAGCAAGUUGGCUGUUGAUACAUUUUGAGACAAUGGGAUUUUAUUAUGCAUUCAUAAACGUCUAUUGCACAUCCUUCUUCAGUGGAAUUAUUGCCCUAUUCCAUACCCGAUUUCUUUGCGUCUCAAGCUGCUCAACAGAAGGUAUACAAAAGGACUUGUUGGAAGAUACUUGAUAAAACUACUGAAUAAUUCACUCAAGCUUUCUUUUUCACCCGAAGCCACCUUGCUCAGCAGUGUCCAGCUGUUGCACGGCUAUUGCCAAAAGUUUUUAGAAUAAACUCAUUUGUGUUCAUAAAGUCGAAAUGAAGCCUGCUGAAUAAUGUUACGUUAACAUAUUGGAUUAAAUACCGCUUUGCAUCUUUGUAUAUACUUAACAAAAAACUGACACAAAUAAAAAAUGUGACAUUUUGAAAUCUAAAACGAAAUACUA